AUGACCAAGGCUGCCCCCCUCGCACUGGCUUGCCUAAUUGUCCUGGUUAUUGCAGCAAGUUUGAGCGAGAGAGGCGAAGGUCGACAGCAACACCAAGCGGUGAUGGAUUCGAAAGAGGCCAAGUUUGUAACAGCAGCAGCAACAGAUGCUACUGAUGACUGUGUUUUUAAAAAAGAUUGCGACAAAGUGUGCGGUCCCAAAUGCAACCUCGGAUGUGAAAAUGGAAGUUGCGUAUGUAGUUGUUAG